AUGACUGAGCUGGACUUCGAGCCAUCCCGGACGUUGGUCGUUGGAGACAGGCUCGACACAGAUAUCCUCAUGGCCCAGCGUGCUGGUGUUGCCUCUUGCUUAGCUCUGUCGGGAUGCUGCUCGAAAGCCGACCUGGAAACUAGUAGCGUGAAACCAGAUUUCGUGAUUGAUAGUGUGGGGACUGCAUGA